AUGUCUUCCACCACUGCUACCACAACCACCACCACCCAUAACAACAUGACCGACGAAGAGCUUGACCGCGACUGGAAGCCCAAUGGCCGUCGCCCGCAAUCCACCAUUGCGCGCAACUUCUCCCAAGAGCUGAUGGACAUUUUCCGCAUCGACAAGGACAUCACCGACCUCGACGACCAGGUCGACAAGCGGUCAGUCUCCGCCAACGCCAACGCCAAAGCCAGCGCCACGAUUGACAUCGAUCUCGAUACCCGAAAGCAAGAAGUCGACAAAAAGACGUCUGAACUCGAAGCCCUCGAGGCGCGUAUCCGUGAGAUGGAGGAGAAACUCAAGAGUCAGUACCCAGCAGCUGCUGUUGGCAGCUCAGCACAGCCAUCACAGAUCCACACCCAGACCCAACACGUCAAGAGCAGGCCAGGGACCAUGAGACAGAGCCAGCAGGCGCCAGGUUCCGGGGCGAUGCCGCCUACCCCGAUAGGAAGUGAAGACGGUGAUCGCGAGCGAGGCCACUGAGUACCUCCACACUACUUUGAAUUCGAGAGAUACCCCCAAUGUCUCCUCAACCUUGUCGACAGCACUGAGGGUGGAGGAGGGAUCGGAAUUGCGCAUUACAACAGAUGACGACAUCUACUGAGAUUUGCCGGGGAGUGACAAUAACCGGGAGGGUCACACGACAGCCCAUGAAGCCGUUGGCGAAUCCCGGAGAACCGAAUCCAUGAUAGACGGCGAAAUACGAAUACCACGACACGCUAUAUCAGCACUACUACAAUUUUAAUACUUUCUUCGCCGCCGACCGGGCCAAUGCCAAUCCAAUGCCUUUCUUCCAACGAAAUGGAGACGUCCACUCUUUCUCGACUACUAUGACUGCGCUUCGCUAUAUUCCAGGUCUUGAGGAGACCCUACUCCAGGACUGCUGUCAAGGAAGCGACAAAAGAAGGACUCUACCAUUACCAUGGCCCGGUUCACGGAGUUUUGGCUUUCGACCCCCAGAUACCAGGACGCCAUAACAUUAAUAAUCAUCCACUCGCUUGCACUUUUGCCUCUACACGAGGCCAACAACGAUCGUUCUCGCUGAUUUGGUGUCCUGGGGCAGGACGGUUGGAUGAAGGGUUCAUGGUUGGCCAAAUCGCUUGGAGAAGUGGCAUUUGCAUGGGACGUAAGGGAUUGGAGAAGGGAGAGCAGCACAAAGGAUGACUGCAAUGGCUCUUGGAGGGUUCACAUGUCCUGUAACUACAGAGACACGACAUUUGUCUAGGAUUUCACGGUAGUUCAGUUGCAUCUGUAGGUUGGAUAUAUUGUACCAUGUCCGGAACAGAGAUUGUAACUUGAAGG